CUAGAAUACUACAAAGGUAGUUGGAGCCGGUGUCUAGUUUCCGCUUCCCAUUGACCGGCUACUGGGGGUCCCUUCAGCUUCACACCCUGUGUGCGUGUUGCGAGCGCGUUCUGUUUGAAUUUCCCGAUUGCUUCAAUACUUCAAUUUGCCAUCUUAAUUUCUUAGCCUAAGGCAAAUUUGACGUGGGAGCCAGAGCCAAUUAUGUUCUGUUGUGCUGUCAUCUCUGCGCAGUGCCGAGUAGCUCAAUCGAUCCUACAGUUUAUCCCCCCGCAUUCCCACACAGCCCCUGAAACUUCUGAGCAUUUAAUAAUGAAAUUGAUUGCCAUUUUCAUCCUAACGCGGCCUGAAAAUAAUUCCCUCUGUAUAUAUACACACACCUGUAUAACUCUCAUCCAUAACUCACCUGAUCUGCGAGUGCGUACCCGAAUCCUUCCCCCGUUUUGUUUAAUUUCCUUCCACCCUCUGUUUCCCUCUCCUCCGAUUUCAUUUUUUCCCCCAGAAAGUUCGAAAGAUUUUAGAGUUAAUUCGGUUUUAGUUUGAUAGGGUGGCCAGCCGCAGCAUGCCGAGCAUCUUACUCGCACCAAACCCUGCCUCUGCCUGCAGCUAUUUUCCCACCUCUCUUUCCGGCAGGAAAUGGCACUUAGCAUUUGCUAAAAUCUAUUCCCUCCGAGCAUUCAUCUCUCCGCUCAAACCACCAUUACCCAAGAACCGCACCAAUUUCUCCCGCUUUCCCUCUUAUUCCCUCGUAGACAUUACGCCGGCCUCCGGCGUCUUCUCCAAAAACGUGGACCAGACCAGCCUCACCCAACUUGUCAAGGAGAAAAAUCUUGACCAUCUUCUUCGCUCCGGGGGAGUAAAAAACAUAGCUUCCGCUCUCAAAUCCGACGCGGAGAACGGAAUAGACGGCGACGACGCCGAAGAGAUUGCCCGCCGUCGUGAAGCGUUUGGGUCCAACACGUACAGUAAGCCCCCGGCCAAGGGGUUCUUCCGUUUCGUGGUCGAGGCAUUUCGAGAUGUCACCAUUUUGAUUCUAUUGGGGUGUGCCGCGCUUUCCCUUGGUUUUGGAAUCAAAGAGAACGGGCUCGAGGAGGGGUGGUACGACGGCGGAAGUAUUUUCGUCGCCGUCUUUCUCGUCGUCGGCGUCUCUGCCCUGAGCAACUAUAGGCAGAGCAGGCAGUUCGAGAAGCUCUCGAAAGUGAGCGACAACAUACAGGUAGAUGUCGUACGAAGCGGGCGGCGCGGGGAAAUCUCAAUUUUCGAAAUUGUGGUGGGAGACGUGGUUCGGUUGAAAAUUGGGGAUCAAGUUCCGGCGGACGGAUUGUUCCUAGACGGGCAUUCUUUAGAAAUUGACGAAUCGAGCAUGACCGGAGAGAGUGAUCCGGUAGAAAUCAAUUCGACCCAGAGCCCGUUUUUGCUUUCUGGAACGAAGAUCUCAAACGGGUAUGGUCGAAUGCUGGUGACGUCCGUCGGACCCAACACGGCGUGGGGGGAGAUGAUGAGCCACAUCAACCGGGAUUCUUCGAGUGAGGAAACGCCUCUGCAGGCUCGUCUCAACGGCCUCACCUCGUCUGUCGGAAAAGUCGGUCUGGCGGUGGCUUUUCUGGUUCUUAUAGUCCUGUUGAUUCGCUACUUCACCGGGAAAACAGAGGACGAGAGUGGGAAUACAGAGUUUAUCAGCGGCGAGACGAAGAUCAACGACGUUGUGAAUGCUGUGGUGGGAAUUGUGGCGGCGGCGGUGACGAUUGUGGUGGUGGCGAUUCCCGAAGGCUUGCCGCUGGCGGUGACCCUCACGCUUGCUUAUUCGAUGAAGAGAAUGAUGGCUGACAAGGCUAUGGUUCGGAAGCUCUCUGCUUGCGAAACUAUGGGAUCGGCGACCACCAUUUGUACCGACAAAACAGGCACGCUCACGACGAACCAGAUGAAGGUCACAAAGUUUUGGCUUGGCCAAGAGUCUCUGAAUGAUCGAGGAAGCGCUUCCUCUUCAAUUGCUUCCAAUGUGCUUGAAUUGAUCCAACAAGGAGUUGCUCUGAACACAACUGGCAGCGUCUACAAGCCUGCUUCAGGGUCCGAACUGGAGUUCUCCGGUAGUCCCACGGAGAAAGCAAUCCUUUCUUGGGCAGUCUCGGAGAUGAAAAUGGAUAUGGAGAGGGUAAAACAGAGUUGUGUCGUUCUUCAAGUCGAACCCUUCAAUUCAAAGAAAAAACGAAGCGGGGUUUCGAUGAGGAAGACGGCAGAUAACACAGUUCAUGUGCAUUGGAAAGGAGCUGCAGAGAUGAUGCUGGCUGUGUGUUCCAGCUACAUUGAUGCUUCUGGGAAUAUUAAAGCGCUAGAUGAUGAUGAAAUGAUGCGCUUUCAACGAAUAAUCCAGGCAAUGGCUGCUAGUAGUCUCCGAUGCAUCGCUUUCGCACAUAAACAAGUUCUGGAAACAGAGGAAGAAGAAGAGGAUGGAAAAUCCCCCAAAAAGCUUCAAGAAGACAGGUUGACCCUGUUGGGCAUGGUGGGUAUAAAAGACCCAUGUCGACCAGGCGUGAAAGGGGCGGUGCAGGAUUGCCAAUACGCCGGAGUAAACAUAAAAAUGAUCACCGGCGACAACGUUUUCACCGCGAGGGCUAUCGCCACCGAGUGUGGAAUUCUCAGGUCUGAUCAGGACAUGGAUGGAGCAGUGGUGGAAGGUGCAGAAUUCAGGAACUUCACACCAGAGGAGAGAAUGCAGAAAGUAGAAAAAAUCUGUGUGAUGGCUAGAUCCUCCCCCUUUGACAAACUCCUAAUGGUGCAAUGCCUAAAACAAAAGGGCCAUGUGGUGGCGGUCACCGGCGACGGGACUAACGACGCGCCUGCACUGAAAGAAGCCGACAUAGGCCUUUCCAUGGGAAUUCAGGGCACCGAAGUCGCCAAGGAGAGCUCCGACAUAGUCAUCCUAGACGACAAUUUCGCCUCAGUCGCCACAGUGGUGAAAUGGGGAAGAUGCGUUUACACCAACAUCCAAAAGUUCAUCCAGUUUCAGCUCACGGUAAACGUCGCAGCUCUAACAAUCAACUUCGUGGCCGCAGUUUCGUCCGGAGAAGUCCCGUUAACCGCGGUUCAACUGCUCUGGGUGAACCUCAUCAUGGACACGCUGGGCGCCCUGGCUCUGGCAACGGAAAAGCCCACGGCGGAGCUCAUGGAGAAGCCGCCGGUGGGGCGAACGGAGCCACUGAUCACCAACAUCAUGUGGAGGAACCUGUUGGCUCAAGCUCUGUACCAAAUAGCAGUACUGCUGACUCUGCAACUCAGGGGAGAAUCCAUCUUCGGGAUCGACGAGAGGGUGAACGACACAUUGAUAUUCAACACAUUCGUGCUGUGCCAGGUCUUCAACGAGUUCAAUGCGAGGAAGCUGGAGAAGAAGAAUGUGUUCAGGGGGAUUCACAGGAGCAGGCUGUUUUUGGGGAUAAUUGGGAUAACCAUAGUUUUGCAGGUGGUGAUGGUUGAGUUUCUGAAGAAGUUUGCGGACACGGAGAGGUUGAAUUGGGGGCAGUGGGGAGCUUGCAUUGGAAUGGCAGCUGCGUCAUGGCCCAUUGGUUGGGUGGUGAAGUGCAUCCCUGUUCCCGAAACCGCGUUCUCCAGCUAUCUUCAGCCGGAGAGAUUGAAGCACAUACUUAAAUUAUCAGGUAGGAAGUGAAUGUUUGGUUACGGGAUCAUUGUAUGUUUUAGGGACUUGUAUAGUAAAUUAUUCAUUAUUUUAUUCUUUUAUAUUUUGUUUGUAUGUAGUAAUUUUGUAUGUAAUUAAAUUCACAUGAAUUCCUAUUGGGUGUGUUUGUUCC